AUAGAUACAUCGAUUGUAUAGCCACAGCCAGCUGGUCUCCCUUCGCCAUUCUUUAAUUUUUGUUUUGAUUGGUGAAUUUUGGCAGGGAUUAGCAUGGACGAUCCUCUUAAGCCCAAGCCAGUUCCACUGGCUGCCGAAACGGUACUGUGGUUCGAGUUCCUGCUCGAUCCGCACAAGAUUACGCAGCAUCUGCAGCGCCCGCAUCCCGAGCCCAGCGCCAUGGAGCUGAUCGUGCAGUUCAUCAGCAUGACGCCGAACACGGCGCAGGAGUCAGUGGGGACGCCUGGCAGUGAUUUGCAGAAUCUAAACCAGACGCCAUCGAAUUCGGGACCCAUUCCCGGCGUGGUUGGUGGUGCCCCUGCGCCGACAACGCCCACUGCCUCCGGCGGAGUGGGCAUGCCCCAUAGCCCACAAAGGCCCGCGGAGAAGGGCCUGCAAUUGAACCGCAAGCAGUUGGCACUGAAAAUCCUCGAGCUGAAGGUAGCCACUUGGCUGAAGUGGGAUCUGGAUGCAUUGGAGAAGAACCUGCCUGUGAUUAUGCAGCUGGCCUUGCUGCGCGAUCUGUGCACCAUAAGCUACGGCUGCUCCUUAAGUAUUCCCCUGCCCAAUGAUUUUGACGCGAGAAUUUCCGCUGCUGGAAACGAAAGAGCAGCAAGAUUCGCCUUGACCAUAUACCACCGCAUGCUGCUGCGAAUGCAACUGAUAAAGGAGCAGGCGUUAAAAGCGCCACGUCCUCAAAACACAAUGUACCAAACUGUGGACCAGCUCCAGCAGUUUCUGGACACACCGACUCAACCAUCCAUCGAGUAUUUGCAACAACUCUGCGCCUCGACAAAACCUUUCUACAUAUUUCACUACGACAGCUUUGUUCCGCUGCGAUGUGAUGAUAUCGGCAAUGGCCAAAACUACGAUGUUAUGCACCUAAUAACACCCCAGGAAUUGAGAGCCCAACUGCACUACGAGCUCGCCCAAUAUUACCUGUACACCAAACAGUAUGUUUUGGCCCGGGAAGCGGCCGCCGCGUGUAAUACUAAUCUGCAGGCAAUCCCGCCACAGACAACUCUAUAUUACUGCCACAUACGACCGUCAGAACUGGAAGGUCUACUGCAGGCCUGUGGAAUUAGCGCCGAGGAGCAGUCACUGCUGGAGAAGUUCCAGCAAUCGCUACUUAACAACUACACAGACAUUGUAUCAAUUCUGCGAAUGGACAACAGAAGGCGAGAAAUCCCCUUUAUAAGCCGGCGGCAAGUGGAACUGGACAUUGAGGGUUCCAUCUCCACGGGCAUACUCAAGGAGACAGUUCAGCUGCAAUUGCAGGUGGCUGCAUUGAAUGUGGUGCGAAACAUCUUUGAGUGGGGCAGCAUCUUUGGCAGCGUUGAGUACUUUGAGAAGUACCGGGAACUGGACUGCCUGCCACCGCUGGUGGAGGCUUUGCAGGAAAUGCUUCCCCACUGUACUUUCAAAGAACAGGCGGCACUCAAGCACUUCCUCAUCGACUGUUUGCUUCAUCAGGGUGGGCAGUCACGACAGUUGCUACAAACGGUGCGAGGAUUUGGACUGUUCUCGUCAGAUGAACUCCAGGAUAUUGACGAACAGAUGCUGCAGGCGACGCCGCCGGUGCCCACCAACUCGUUGGCCUCGCUUUCCGACUGGAUGUGUCACUCCAAGAUGAGCAGGGUUGACGUGGGCGCUCUGGAGCGACAACUGAUAAGCUGCACCAAUGCCAACACAGUGAGGAUAUUGCUAGUGAAAUUAUGCGCAACUGCUCCUGGAAAACCUCUGUGGGCCAUUAAUCCCAGUUGGGACGUACCACAGCCCCUGAAAACUCUUAUUAUGGCCAUGCCGGUUAGCUUUUUGCAAGACUUCAGCUAUGUUCUGCUCGGCAAGGCGCGAGAAUUGGCCACAAGGGGCAACUACAUCGAUGCCGUUUCAAUGCUGAGUGUACUGAAGUCGGAAAAUCAGCGCCAGGAGAUGGCGGCCAAUGUGCAGCUGAUGUGUAAGCUGAUCACCUGGGAAAUCCUGCACAUUCAGAUAACACAGUGCCUGGAGGAGUGGCACCAGAAGCCACUCGAUCUGCAAUCCUUGGGAGGAAGAUGCAAGCAAUGUUUGGGAGCCCUGCAGGCAGGAGAUUCAAUCGUCCCACGUCCGGAUAUCCUAGAGAGUUGCGCUAUCAUGCUACUUAACCUCACAGAAUUUCCACCUCUCCUUUACCUGGAUAAACGGGCGGGUCCCCUGGAACUACCCCUGGCCUUCGCCGCCACCUUCAUCGAGAUGGAGAAGAUGAAGGGCCCCAAGAAGGUAUGUCGCGAUGCCUGGGAACUGAUGCUAAGCAUGUUCCUUAACGUUCCGAAGCGUGGCUCCUCAGGAGUUGGCGGUAUCAGUUCCCUGCAGGCCUUCCUACAGCGAAUCCGCCACCAAAGCGUUUUCGGACUCGCCAUCUCCAUGAUAGGCAAAGUCCACAACAUACUUAAGGAUGACCCCAAUCAUGAUUUAAGCUGCGAGUACAUGCAGCUGUGGCCUACCAGCAUUAACAACCCUGUCAGCUACAGUUUGAGGAGCGUUUGCGAGACCCUGCAAUGGCUUCUUUCCGAGGCUUUGUCCUACUAUCCGCAAACCAUUUCAUGGCUGAAGAUGAAAGGCGAUCUAGAUCUAGCCAUCGGCAAUAAUGAGUCCGCAAUGCGUUGCUAUGUAAAUGCGCUGGUUACUGGCACCGACUACUGCACCAUGCCGCUGCAGAGAAAUGUGGCCGACGACUACGUGAUCCGCAAGAUGAUUCGAUGUGCCGCCAAUCUGGGCUGUCACAUGCAGGCCACCGUUCUGUGUCAGUUCCUUGAUGAGAUCGACUACGGCAUUGUGUUCAAGAAUCUCAGCGAGAAAUCGUCGAAUUUCACCGAUGCCAUGGAUGCAUAUUACAGCUGCAUCUGGGAUACAACUCUGCUGGAGUUCAUCGUCAAUCUGCACGCUAAGCGAGGCGAACACAGUCGGAAACUUGAAGCGAUUUCUAUGAUGGGCACUCUGGAGCUGAAUGCAAACAACAAUGAGGAGAUCAAACGAGAAUCUGCCAUGGUGCGGAAAUCGAGAUUUCUGCGUGCCCUGGCCAAGCAGUAUUUGCUGUAGUCGCAGCCCCCACAGUCCAAACUCUAAUUCAAAAUCCAAUAUCCAUAAUCCAACAUCCCAACCUCACCCGCACCCACAAGCAGACCAACUAGCAUUAAGCUCAAAGAUGUAGUUUAUAUUGUAUGCAUAGGCUUUACGGUUAAGUUAAGAUUAAAGAAUUGUACGUUUUUCCAGAU